AAAUUUGCCGUCUCGAUCGCAGCUCGACUAGAAGUUGACGCUAGCUAGAUAGUUAGCCUAGCCGGCUAGCAGAGGCCCCAAUCUCACGUUGGCGGUGGUCUCAGACAUGUGACGUAUGAAAAUAUAAAGUACACGCAUCUGACUGAUGCUGUUUACUCUUUUUCUUUGUCAUGAUAGCAUAUGAUCUAUUUUCUAUGGUAUCCAAACGGAUGACCGUGCAUAGAAUGUAGUCAUGUGUUUUGGAUUCACAGAUUGGCCACAAUUUGAUUUGAUCGUUAUUUCCAAAGCUGCACGGUCUAUUUCAUUGGCAAUUGCAAAUAUUUUAUAGACAUUUUAUUUUUCACUUCGAUUCACUGGGCCUGGUUUUUUUAUUUAUUAUUUAUUUAUUAAUGUGAGUGUGAGACAAAAAGAGGCAGUUCACCCAAAAUGGGAACUAAAGUGUUAACAUGGAAACUGGCGUCCAGGCCUGAGGAUUUGCGGCGUGAAUUUGGCCGCUAUGGGCCAGUAGUUGAUGUCUACAUCCCACUUGACUUCUAUACCCGUCAACCAAGAGGAUUUGCAUACAUUCAGUUUGAGGACGUGCGCGAUGCAGAGGAUGCACUCCAUAGCCUGGACAGGAAGUGGGUGUGCGGCCGCCAGAUCGAGAUCCAGUUUGCUCAGGGGGAUCGAAAGACGCCCAAUCAGAUGAAAACCAAGGAGCGGCGCUCCCCGGGCAGGUCGUCCCGCUACGACGACUACGAUCGCGACAGCCGGCGCAGGCGCUCACGCAGCCGCAGCUACGAGCGCUACAGGUCGCGUAGCCCCUCCUACGACCGCCGCUGCCGCCGGCGCUCCGACAGCCCACGAGAAUCUCGGGGACACCAGUACGGACGAGGAGGAAGCAGAGGUCGCGAUGAUGAAAGAUCCAGACCUCAGAGGCCUCAGCGGGAGUCCAAAGGAAGGUCAGCCUCCAGGUCCAUGUCCCCCCACGAGUCCGCCAAGCCAGCGUCGGCAUCCAACUACGCAGAUGAAGACGCCCGGCCGACCCGCUCCCCGUCCCGCUCCAGGUCCCGCUCCGCAUCACGGUCGAGCUCGCGCUCCCGCUCCUGGGCGGGACGCAAGUCAGGAGGACGCUAGGAGAGGCGUGGUCCGUCUGGUGGGAUGGAGUUUGGUCUUUAGUUCUUUUCUACGUGAGUGGAACAUCACACGGACACUUGACAACAUUUGGAUGUUUUUGGUCACCUGGUGGAGAGAGGGGGGGGCUGUUGCCAGGAAUCUUUUUUUUUUUUUUUUUUU